AUGUCAGAACAGAAACGUCAACGUGUGAGCAAGGCUUGUGAACCUUGUCGACGUAAGAAAGUGAAAUGUGACGGAAGAACACCCAGUUGUGGCAACUGCGACAUUACAGGAUCAGUUUGCCAUUACAAAGACUCUGCUAGAAAGAGGGGUCCACCUAAAGGUUAUAUUGAAGCGAUCGAAGGGCGAUUACAUCGAUUGGAGGCCUUGCUGGGGAGUAUCAUACAAGAAGACGAUCCAAGAUCACAGGCUAUUUUGGCAGAAAUAAAUGCGCCCAUCGAGACAGCUUACGGUGAGCUCGUGAGGCCUCGCCCGAUGUCUGAAAUGGAGAGUAUUCCGAACACAGUGAACAGUAACGAUAGCAACAGUAACAAUAACAACAGAGAGGAUGAAAAUACCAAUGAUAACCUAGGCAAUCUAUCUAUCGAUGAAAGUGGUCAAUUGCGGUACUACGGUAAAUCAUCAGGAUUUUAUAUGCUUCGUGGUAGCAAAAACUUUCAGAAUGGAGCGUUUCACUUCAACUCUAGAGGAUAUCGAUCAGGAGAAACAAAGCAUCCACUUGUUGUUGACCCCUAUGAACUUCCACCAUCUGAUCUCUCUGAGCAUCUAUUGGACUUAUAUUUUACACAUUUCUAUCCGCUCUUACCACUCUUGCAUAAGGAUACGUUCUUGGCAGCUCUUGAAAGCGAAAAUAACGACAAAAGACCACCUCACUUGCUAUUAAACGCAAUUUACGCUGUUGCUUCACGUAUUUCUCCCGAUGUUAGAGUAAGAUCAGAUCCGGAUCAGAGAGAUACAGCAGGGGAUAUAUUUUUAGAAAGAGCAAGGAUAUUACUGGACCAUGAAUGGGACGAUUACAAGGUGUCUACAGUACAAUCAUUACUGUUGCUAAGUAGCCAUCAGAAUGGUGCAUUAAAGAAUAUCCGAGGCUGGUUAUAUAGUGGUUUGGCUUUUAGAAUGUGUCAAAACUUAGGAUUAAAUCGGAAUUGUGAUUCAUGGAAUCUAUCAAAUGCAGAAAAAGAAGAAAGAAAACGUGUAUUUUAUUGCUCUUUUGUCAUUGAUCGUUUAAGUUGUGCCAUGCACGGACGAGCGCCCAUGAUUGAUGACCGUGAUUAUGAUACACCAUAUCCUUCUGAGGUUGAUAAAGACGAUGAGCAUAAUAAGCCAACCAUUAUGGAUAAUUUUCAUCAGCUAAUCAAACUCUGUGAAAUUUUGGGAGAAGUUCUCUGUCAGCUAUACAUGGUCAAGGGAAGAAGACAUCUAGCAACAUUGGCUUCACCCGACAGUGUGAUUUCGAAACUGGAUCGUGCACUUAAUAACUGGAUGUCCAAACUUCCUCCUAGUGUCCAAUACAAACCACCAAAUACACGAAUGGCCGAAAAGUCAACCCCACCCAAGUUGGAGCUGUGUCAAACGCAUAUGCUAUUCUAUACAACACUCAUACUAUUACAUCGACCCUUUAUUCCAGGACCUAACCAGCGGGCAACGCCUUCAGUAUUUCCUUCAGCUUCUAUUUGUACGUUUGCAGCCAACAAAAUUUUGGAUAUUGUUGAAUGCUUGAUGGCCGAUGGCCGAUUGAAAAACAUAAACAACUACACACUUUAUUUCAUGUUUACUGCAGGCAUUAUAUUCAUCAACGAUGCAUCAUCAAACGAUCCCGAGUUUGCGUUUGAAGCCAAAGUGAGUGUGAACAAGAUCAUAAGGGCUAUGGAUGAGGUUGAGGCCACAUGGAUCACCUCUGCACGCCAUUGUAAUAUUCUUGGAGAACUAGCAGGCUUACGUGAUAUCAACUUGGAAAACGUAGGAGAAGGAUUUGAUCGUCAGGCGAUCAAGAAUCAGUCAUUACAAACCAAGAAGGCACCUUCCAUUGCGGUACCAAAUUCACCUGUACUUCAGCCUGAGGUUCCGUCUUUGGAUUUGUUUAGAAACCCUCUGGAUGCACAGAAUCCUGCAGAGCAACGCUUUCCUGAAUAUCUGACACAAUAUGCAAGCACAUCUUCAUUUCAAACUGAUUCACCAAGUAGUCAGUCAUUAAAUCAAAGUAUAGAGUAUAAUAUGAACAAUACAUAUCCUAACGGUGAUCGUACGUUCAAUGCUAUUGGAACAGCCUUUUGGGAUAUACCAAUGUCAUUUGAUAUCGAUCAAUGGAACAGCUACUUUAGCAAUCAAAAUUAUAGAACACAAAGCAACAUAAGUGAAGAAAACAAUGACACACAGAUCAUGUAG